AUGGGUGAGGCCUGGACACAGUUCCUAAACACUGGGAUGAUGGGUAUUGUGGCACCAGAGGAGAGGGACAGGUUGAUGAUGAGUCGGGUUGUGGUGGAAAACAGUAGCCUGGGCACAAAGGCAACGGGAAAGAGCACCACAGGCACCUUCCAACUGCUCAAAGGUUUCAUUUCACUCGCAGUUGCUGUCAUUGGUUUUGGUAGUAAUUUUGUUCCGGUCAAAAAAAUAGACACUGGAGAUGGCCUGUUCUUCCAGUGGAUUUUUUGUACAGCAAUAUGGGUUGUUUCCCUGGUGGUUCAUCUAAUCCAGAAUUGUCCAAAGUUCUGGCCUCUCACUAUGCUAGGUGGAUUUCUGUGGGCCACAGGGAAUAUCACAGUUAUUCCUAUACUGAAAACAAUCGGUCUUGGCAUGGGUGUUUUAAUCUGGGCUACAUUUAGUCUUUUAAUGGGCUGGGCUAGUUCAAGGUUUGGCUGGUUUGGGCUAAAUGUCCAGGAAGUUCCAAGUCCUAUCCUAAACUACAUAGGAACUGCUAUGGCAGCUUUAAGUGCUGGGAUUCUUUUCUUUGUGAAAACUGAAAAUAAAGAACUGCUGUCUGAUGAAGCUUCCCCUCUGAUGCAAGAUUUCCAGCCUUCAUCAUCAGAAGAACCUGCUCCAGAUCCAUGUUGGAUUGAUAAACUCAAGGCGUCACAAAAGAAACUGGUGGGGUCCAGCUUAGCAAUGUGUUCGGGUUUAUUGUAUGGCUCCAGUUUCGCACCAGUCCUCUACAUUAAAAACCAUGCUUUCAAAAAUGAUGACAAGUAUUUUGGUGCAAGCCAGUUUGACAUAGAUUACGUUUUUGCAUACUGCAGUGGUAUUAUUCUAACUAGCACAGUCUAUUUUCUUAUAUACUGUGGAGUGAAGAAAAACAAGCCAUCUGUUUACUCAACGGCAAUACUACCUGCUUUCUUCUCAGGACUCCUGUGGGGAAUAGCUAAUAGUGCCUGGUUCCUGGCAAACUAUUACCUGAGCGCAGUCAUUACCUUUCCUCUGGUUACUGCUGGUCCUGCAGUCAUCUCCCUGACGUGGGGGGUAUUUUACUUUAAAGAAAUAAAGGGUGCACGGAAUUUCAUAAUACUGGCUGUUGUGCUUUUGGUUGCUAUUACUGGAACAAUUCUCAUAGGCUUAUCUAAAAUAAAGGGAAUCGCCUGA